AUCUUGAGUCACAUAUCCGCCGAGUCGAAGGUUUGAAGGCAAGGGGCGCCUUUUACAAUUCCCGGACUUAAAGAUGGAGGCGAAUAACCAUUUCAACUAUGGCACCCAUUCCCCAGUGUCGGCAAACUCAGGACUGAAACUCUCCUCAGGGGAUUCUCUCUAUACUAACGGGUCCUCCAUGAGUUUCCCUCAACAGGGGAAAAAUAUGAAUGGCGAAAUGAAUGUGAAUGGCGUCACUACUGUACUUGGGUCCAGUGUGUCUGGUUCCCAUCCGCCAACAGCUCCUUACCCCCACAUGAGCAACCACCACCAGAGCAGCAUGGGCUAUGACUACCUGUGGGGAGGACAGGCUCAGUAUGGUCCAGCAGUGGCUCCCUCUCCAGGGCAUGGGAGGCACCAGAAGCAGCCUCCGCCUGGGAUGAUGCAGCCUCAGUCUCAGCACCACUACCAGGGUCAUGGACAAUACCAAUUAAAUGGAGGCAUGGGAAGCUCCCACCAGACCCCUGUGGCGGGCCCACCCAACAUGUCUCUGACUGGAGGUCAGUACUGGAACAGGAGCAAUCCUGGCCCACAGCAGAUGGGCUAUAAUUCCCACAGCAUGUAUGGAGGCUAUCAGAGUCAGGUGCACUCUGGGAUUGCACCGUCACAGCAUCACCAGCAACAGUCUUUACAACCACCCCCACACCAACAGUCACAGCCACACCUCCACUCCCACCACCACCAUCACCAUCAGCAGCACCAGCAACCGCAGCAUUAUGGCAUGAUGCCAAAUGGGAUGCCCUAUUACCAGCCCCAGCACCCUCCUCUGCCUUCUGCCCAACCCCAGCCUCCACCACAGUCGCAGGCCCAAGGCCAAAGUCAAAUGAUGCCACCAACUAGCCAGAAUUUUACACCCCCACGUGGUAGCCCACAGCAUCACAAUAUGGGCAGAGCAGGCACCGGCAGUCCUCUCCCUAUAGGGAUGUCUUCAGUACCAAUGAUGUCCCCAUCAAAAGUGCAGGAUAGUGGGUCACCCCAGGGCAACAGCAGGGAAAGAAGCCCUCAGGCUGGCAAUAUGGGGAUAUCCUCUGUCAUACAAGGGUCUAUGAGUGAAGCUUAUAAGGAGGUGGAUACAAGCUAUAAUGGAAUGGAAAGGACACCUCCUGCCCAGAGAUUGCCUAAAAGCGACAGUUACCAACCCAAACCCCCUGUACCUCACAUGAGGUCAACUAGUGACUAUCGUCAGCAUGCUGAGCAACCAACAGCCCCGCACUCAGAAGUGGCUACCCAAGCAAGGGAGCCAACAAUGAAUGCACCUCCGAAUUCCAUGUCGUCUCCUCUCUCUGCCUCUACAUCUCCUGCAGCAGUCUCAACAUCUCCGCUAGCAUCAACCCCUCCUCGGGUCUCCACAGCUUCCUCAGCAUCUGUUUCUCCCUUAUCAGUGCCAGGGCCUCCCAUUGCUUCAUCUCCUGCCAUUGAAUCGACUCCACCUCGGAUCUCAACACCUCCCAGUUUGUCAUCUUCUCCCUCUGUCGCUGCUCCUCCCAGACUUUCCUCACCUCCGCUAAUGGUACAGGGCCUCAGGCCUCCGCCACCCUCUAAGAUUUCCUCUGCUGAAUGCACACAUACUUCUGUGGAAUCCCCCACUUCUGUUUCUGUAUCACCUCUCAAGUCAUCUGUACCUCCACCCCUGCUGUCUAGGCCUUCAGUCCCCUCAGUCACUGCUCUUCCUCGAGUGUCCAUGACUCCUCAGACCAAGCCAUCAUUGUCACCCACAGCCUCUGCUCCUGCUCUCCCAUUUGCCCCCUCUUACUCUGUUUCUGCACCCAUAUCUGCUCUUGAGCAGAUGGUCCAAGGGUCCAGGCCACCUCCUUUGACAUCUAGCCUUCCAAAUACAUCUGUAACUCAACGUGACAUGUCUGGACAUCCAUCAUUGCAUAUUGCAUCUGGCAAUCCUUCAGUGUCUGUAACUUCACCAACUACAAGUUCUUCACUAGUUACUACAAGCCCGCCACUAAUGUUGCCAUCUGGACCUCCAACCCCAGCACCACCUGACGCUUGCUCAUUGAUAUCUGCAAUGCCCACAUUAGAGUCAAAGUCUCCCUCAAUUGGUGGUACAUCUUUUGAGCCUGUGCCCACACCCCAGCCUCAAAUAUCAUCUACUCCUCCCUCACUGAACUCUGGUCCUCCUUUUACUUCUUCAUCUGCAGUGUCCCCAGUGAGAGAUGAGGUGAAUUCACUCUCCCUAACAGCCCAUCAAGAUUCCACAGCCAAGCCUGUGUCUGCCCUACCUCCUUCAGCCACACAAGCUUCAAGGAUUCCACUUGUAUCUGCACCCCCUGCUUUGGUAUCUGCAUCCCCUGCAGCAGUGACUGUUGCACCAGCGGUCCAAGCCUCUCCUUUGGCCAAGCUUUUACUUCCCAACACCUCUCCUCCUCAAGCGCUGCAACAGUUGUCUCUUAAGCCACAGCAUCACAGUGAUGACUGGGAUAGGAAAGAGUCUUGUAAGGCUUCUUUUGGGAAACUAGAGGAACAUCUGUCUCAGCCUGAAUUGGGCACAAUUCAGACACUUCCCAGUGUUGGAGCUCCUCAGACACAGACUCAUGAACCUGAAAUACACUCGCACAAAUCCUUGACUGAAUCGGCAGGGACUUUGCUGGAGAAAUCCAUGAAGACCAUUGUUUCGGCUCAUCAAAAUACAAAUAAAAAAAUGGCAGAUGCCAAAAAGCCAUCAGAGAAAAGCAGAUCUGGUGACACCUCUGAGGCCAAGGACUCCAUGGCAGAGCAGAUUUCUCUUGCAGCAUCCUCACAGCUCCACAGCCAUGGGACAGAACACACCAGCAUGACUGAAAAGUCAUUCAGUGACCUGUCACUCAGUAAAACUUCAACAUUUGAAGGUAAUUCAACACUUGACAGCACCCCUAGAGUUGAUAUCAGCUCUGGCAUAGAGGACACCACUCGUGUGGAGGAUGACUGCUCAUACAUGGAUGAAUCUACUGGCUUUGAUACUAUCUCUCGCAUGGAAGAAGACGCUUUUCAAUUUGAUGAUCCCUCACACACUGAAGAUGAAUCAUCCAAUGUGUGUGAUCCAACACACAUUGACUCCUCAUUGGUAGACACCAUGAAUGACACAUUCAGUGACACCCAGACACAGGAAAGCUCUCGGGCAGAAGAGACCAUGGAUAGUUUCUUAAGCACCAGAGAGUCGAUGUUGGAGUCUUCCUUGAACACCUCUCGAGCAGAAGAAUCCAUUGUGGAACUGUCUCAGAAUGAUGGCUCCGUCUCUCACUCACCUGGGCCAUCUCAGUUAUCUUAUCAAGAGUCUGAAGCAGAGUGGGAGCCCAAGGGACAGGACAUACCAGACUCUGCAAGACCUAUCACCAUAAAGACUACUCCUAAUGAGACAGAGAUUCCCCAUGGUUUCAAGAUGAGAGAAGAAAACAUCAUAUCCCUCAGCACCCCUGCCGAGAGCCAGGCUGUAUACCUGCUACCACUAGCAACUGACAAUGAAUUGGUGGCUGCUGGAGGAAGGAUGAAAACUCCUGGGAAGACCCGGAAACCCAGAGCUCCUAAGGCCUCUACGCCAGUAUCCUUGGGCUCUGAGCAGGCACAAACCAGAAAACCCAGGGUUAGAACGCCAAAGGUGGAGAAGAUGGAAAAUACUGAAGGAGAAAAAAACAGGGGAGAGCAAGAGGAGGCCAAGAUGAAAGGAGCAGGCAGAAAGAGAAAGAAGUCUAUUAAAGUUGACAUUAAAGAAACAUCAGGUGUCUGUGGAGAGGCUGGGGCUCCUACAGAGGAGGAUGAUUCGAUCACUGCAAUCAUUGAAGCAGUUUUGGCCAGUACUUCAGGUACCAGCAUGGCAGCUGACAAAACCAAGAAGCCCAAAAAAGUCAAGAAACAAGGCCAAGAAGGAAAUGCAGCAAAAUUGGAGGCUGAGACGACCGCUAAUGAUGAUGAGAAUGACAAUGAUGGAGAUGACAGUUCUACAGCAGGAGAGGCUCACAGACGGAGGGUUGCAACAGAAGAGCAGGUCCAGUUCCCUCUACUACAUGGUUGGAAGAGAGAGAUCCGUGUGAAGAGGAUAGAGAACCGCAUGAAGGGCGAGACUUGGUACUACACUCCUUGUGGUAGGAGGAUGAAGCAGUUCCCAGAAAUCAUCAAGUAUUUGAAGAGACACCAGGACAGUAUUGUCACUAGGGAGCACUUUAGCUUCAGCCCACGCAUGCCUGUUGGAGACUUUUAUGAGGAGAGAGAAACCCCUGAGGGCAUGAAGUGGGUGCUCUUGGCUAAUGAGGAGGUUCCCUCUAUGAUAAUGGCCAUAACUGGUCGGCGAGGUCGCCCUCCAAAUCCAGACAAAGAGAAACUUCGCCGAGGCCCAAGAGGAGGACAGGUUCGACGCCCUGGCAGGCCGCCCAAACCCAAGAUGACUGACCUGCUUAGCAAGGUUGAUGCCAAGCUGUUGAAGAGACUAGAGGCCAAGGAAGCACUUACAGAGGAGGAUAAGGAGAAACUUGCAAAAAUUAAGAAGAAAAUGAAGAGGAAGGCAAAGCUGAAAAGGAAGGAGGAUGCCAAAAAUAAGAAAGCCAGACUGGAGAAAAAGAAAUCCAAUCUUGCAAAGGAUCAAGAGACCAAGGACCAAGAGGUGAAACCUGAGCCGAAGGAUGAGGCGGCCCUUCAGACCCCACAGCCAGCCCCAGAAUCUGCCACAGAGGCCAAGAAGCCUGGACGUAGAAAAAGGGUGAAAGCUGAGGUUCCUCCCCCAGUGCAGCAGACAGAUGAAGAGAGGAUAGCCCAGGGUAAGAGGGUUCUUGGGGCUCGGAGUAAAGCCAAGGCCCUAGCUAAGGCCCAAGCAGAGGCAGAGGCUGCAGCCCAGGCUGCACUGGCAGCUAAGAGGGCUGCAGAGAGAAGAGCCCAGGCCCAGAGACGUCUGGAGGAGAGGAAGAGACAGCAGAUGAUUGUUGAAGAGCUGAAAAAGCCCACCGAGGACAUGUGCCUCACUGACCACAAGCAUCUACCAGAGCUGUCUCGAAUCCCUGGUGUGGUUGUCUCAGGCUCAGCCUUUGCACACUGCCUGGCUGUGGUUGAGUUCCUUCAUGGUUAUGGCAAGCUGCUGGGCUUCAACAUCCCUAAGGACGUGCCCAGCCUCACCACCCUGCAGGAGGGCCUCCUGGGCCUUGGUGAAAGCCAAAGAGAAGUCCAAGACCUGCUGCUUAGGUUGCUGGGGGCCGCACUGCAUGACCCAGGCUUACCCUCUUAUUACCAGUCUGUAAAGAUCCUGGGGGAGAAGCUAGUAGACCUGGAGCUGACCCGCAGUACAGUUUCAGAAGGACUACGGAUUUUUCUGGAGUCCCAUGGUUACGAGACUGAAGUGUGCAACAUACUACGGACCAAAACGUUUCAUGCCCUGCCCCCAGACACCAAGGCAGCCAUCCUGGGUUUCUUGGUGGAAGAACUCAAUGGCAGCAGUAUUGUCACCAGUGACAUUGACAAUACACUGGAGAACAUGGCGACCUACAGGAAGAACAAGUGGAUCAUUGAGGGGAAGUUGCGCAAGAUGAAGGCAGCAUUAGCGCGUCGUACAGGACGAUCAGAGGAGGAACUGUGUUUUGAGGAGAGGAGGCGCAGUGCAAGGGUGGCUGAGGAGGAGAACAUUAGCCUGGAGGAGAAUGGCCUGCUCCUGGAGAGAGGGGCCCGCCGUGCACGAAAAGAGGAGCCUAAACUCAGUGAUAGUGAAAGUCCAACCAACGCCAGCAUUCCAGAACUUGAAAGGCAGAUAGAUAAGCUUACCAAGCGCCAAGCAUUUUUCCGCAAGAAGCUUCUGCAAUCUUCCCAUUCCAUGCGGUCUAUAUCUUUGGGCCAGGACCGGUUCCGGCGUAGAUAUAUGGCUCUGCCUCACCUUGGAGCAAUUCUAGUCGAGGGACCAGAAGAGAUUUUAACUUCAGGAGAUAUCCUUGUGGCAGAGGUGCCUAUCACCCUCCUCAAGAAAGAGCCCAAAGUGGAGGAAAUUCCAACUCCCACCACACACACCCCCAUGAACCCCUCUCCCACUUCUGCUACCCCCCCUGCACCAUCCCAGGCCUUCUCUUCAGAGGAAGACCCCCUCCCUGGGACAGCAUCUCUCAUGAGCAGGCCACGAGGCCGUGGUCGCCCCCGCAAAAUUAAACCAGAAGUGGAGCUUCACCUCCGAACGGCCAAGAUCCGCCGCAGGCGUCGAAGUAGUAUCAGGUCUGGUGGUGAAGAAGGGCCUGGCUCACCGGCAAAUGGCAUUCAGGAUCUCACACAGGCUGCCUUCCAGAGCUGGCUCAGCCAGUCACAGGAUGCAGUGACUAAGCUUAGCACCACAAAUUCAGCAACAGGUGAUGCUCCAGAUGGCAGUCAACCAGAGGACAGCGUGAAGGAGAUGGCAGAGAAACGGGGACAGUGGUUUAACCUGCUCCCAAAGGAGCCAUGUGACUCCGACUCUUUGACCGAGCCUCAGAUCCCUACCUCACCCAGCGAGCCACCCAAGCUCCUGCCCCAGACACAGAGUACUCUGCCAGCACUCACCACUCCACUCCUGAAGUCGGAACCACCUCUGCCUGGCCUGUCUCCAGUCAAUCUGCUGACCCCAGAGCAAUCACAGGAUACUGCUAUUGCACCACCUGCUGUUGCUGCUGCUGCUCUUCCUCCUCUUCCUGUUCUUGCUGCUCCUGUCCCUGUUCCCAUUGCCACACCAGCUCCUACAACCCCUGCCAGGCCAGGUCGGAGGCGGAGGAGAGGCAGCAGAGGUAGUAGUCCCGCCCGGAGAGGGGCACGUGGUGCUGCAGCCAAACGGCGAGGCCGCCCUCCCAACACUGUGUUCCAGGAGCUGGAGCAACAGUACUUCACACAGAUGGUGGUGAAGCCCAUUCCGGCAUCAAUGGUGCGUGGUUGGUGGUGGAUCAAGGAUCCAGAGGAGCUCUAUGCCACCCUUCAGGCCCUUCAUCCAAGAGGCAUCAGGGAGAAGGUACUCCACAAGCACUUGGCCAAACACAUGGAGAGCCUGGCUGAGAUUUGCACCAAACCCAUCAAUGAUCCUAUAUUCAAGCUGAAGACAGAGGAAAGAGACACUCUGGUGGAGGCUCUGCAGCAGCCCUGGCAGGUGCAGGAGAGAGCCAUGGAGACUGACAUCAGUGCUCUCCAGUGGGUUGAGGACCUGGAAGAACGGGUUAUUGCUGCUGAUCUUCAUCUAAAGGUGGCCCCUCAGAGUUUAAAGAGUGAUGCUGAUGCUAACUGCGAGACUCCAGUGGCAGAAUUUCAGCCUUACACCGUUCCAGAGCCAGACUCCACUCGCGAUGACCUCCAGUACUAUGAACAUGACGCGGAUCCCCGCGAUGACUGGAUUGUACGAACUAAGAAGGAAUGGUCUGACCUGCCACGUAUUGCCACCCACCCACUGGACCUGGGCGUGUUGCGCCUGGCCAAUCUUGAGAGAAAUAUUGAGAGGCGCUACCUAAAGGAGCCCCUCUGGAACACAACCGAGGUGAUGCGUCUUGCACCUCUCACCCCAACGCCUGGGGAGGAGCAUCCAAUGGAUGUCAUGAGUCUAGAAAGUGAGAUCACCCCUCGACUGCGGACAUGGAGGCAGGCUCUGGAUCGCUGCCGUAGCGCCCCUCAGCUUUGUCUGUGUCUUCUGCAACUUGAGAGGGCCAUCGCCUGGGAAAGAUCCGUGGUCAAAGUGACUUGUCAGGUGUGCAGGAAGGGAGACAAUGAUGAGUACCUGCUUCUGUGUGAUGGCUGUGAUCGUGGCUGCCAUAUGUACUGCCUGAGGCCCAAGGUCACCAAGGUGCCUGAGGGAGACUGGUUCUGUCCCACUUGUGUUUCCACGGAGGAAAGUGAUUCAAUGCAGACCCAGCGUUUGUCCGUAAAGAGGACCAGAGUGAAAAAGAGGAGAUACGAAGACGACAGCUCUGAUGAAGACACCACUCCGCGGCGGGUUGUUGGCAUGACGACGCGGCUUAAGGACGCACCAGCAUCCUCCUCGUCCUCCCGUUACUCUGGAGAUGGUGGGGGCGCUGGAUACUCACCAGCAAAACGUCGUCGUAUGACCACACGCAACCAGCCUGACCUCACCUACUGCGAGAUCAUCCUGAUGGAGAUGGAAGCACAUGCAGACGCCUGGCCUUUCCUGGAACCUGUGAACCCCCGCCUGGUUCCUGGCUACCGCCGCAUCAUCAAGAACCCCAUGGACUUCCUAACAAUGAGAGAGCGGCUCCUGCAGGGGGGGUACUGCAGCUGUGAGGAAUUUGCAGCAGAUGCUCAUCUGGUGUUCAACAACUGCGAGCUCUUCAAUGAGGACACAUCAGAGGUGGGCAUGGCUGGACACUCCAUGAGACGUUUUUUCGAGAGCCGCUGGGCGGAGUUCUACGAGAACAAGGACAAAUGAAGAGUCUGUACCCCACCUCCACCCCACCCCCUCACUGCCUAGUGUAGGGGGCAUAGACUGUUGGUGCCUGCACCCCAUCAUCAGAUAAACACUCCAUUACUGCUAAGACUGUCUGGAGCCCCCCUCCAGCCACUUGUAUUCUUACAUGUAUAGGUAUAUAUGUAUAGAUUUGGUUAUUUGUCUGUUACUUUUUCCUCUAUUGGCCUCACCUUUCUAAGGCCCAAAGCACCACUUGUGUGAACCUCUCCCUCAUCCCUCCUUCAGAGAGGGAGAGUAUCUCUUGGCUCUCUCCCUUUCCUUUGUCUCUAUUCACCCUCAGCUUGGCUACCCAUCAUCUGAAUGGAAUUCUCCUGUCAUGUCUGCUCAUAAGUCUCAUGUCAUACCAAGACCGUUGGCCUAGCCCUUCCAUGGGGUAGUCACAGUGUGUCAGACCCUGGGUAUUUUGGCUCUUAGACUGUCUUGUCUAAAGGGUAGGGGGAUGAUCACACUUUUGCAGCUUUAUUGCUGCGUACUGGACCUGCUUGGCAUCCCUCGGCCACAAAAGGAUCAAAACUCUUUACAGCCUUUGAGUCUGGGCCCUAUCUUACCUGUUCAAUGGAAGUGUAAUGUAAUGUGGUCUUAUGCCUAGAAGUAAUUUUUUUGCUCAAUAUAUUUUUAUUAUAUAUUCUAUAUAUAUAAAGAUUACAAUAGCUGGGAUUAUUUAAUAGCAAUAGCUUGUAGUGAAUGUGUACAGACUACAUAAUAGAGAUGUCUAGAUGAUCUAUGAAAAGGCCAGUUCAACAAACUUAAAAAGGAACGUGUUUCUUCUUGGACUGUCACAUGAGUAGACAUUGUAUAACCUCCACUUAAACUCAUUUGCACGCAUGCACAUACACAUGCUUUCACAUGCGCGCGCGCGUGCACACACACACACACACACACACACACACACACACACACACCCUCUGCUGCUGUGUGAAAGACACUGGUUUCUGAAACUGGAGGAUUUAGUGUUUGUCAAAAUCAGACUGGGUUUCUAUCUUGUACUUGACUGUUCCCCUUGUUAAAGAGUACGUAAUCACAACCAAUCUCGUAGUAUUAGGUAAUUACACAUGCGUCACAGACUGAAAUGACGUUACCACAAUUGUAACCCUUGAUAAUUUAUGUAUAUUCUGUGUUUCAAAUACUGAACUGUUACUGUAAUUUUUAGUAAGAAGGGUCUGCAAAUGAAUUCGGGUCUGCAAAUGAACAUGAAGUUCAUGGGAAAUGCACCUCAUGAUAAUCUGGCAAGGUGUGUAUGCAGCCUCAAGUUUCAGCAUUUGAAUUUCCAUUUUCCAGGGCAAAUUGGACAAAUUGAUUUUUUUUUCUCUCUCUCUCUCUCUCUCGCGGGGUAGACCUCUUCCACUUGUCAAUUCUCAGUCCGUAUGGAAGUUUUCCUACUUGGUGGACAAGAUCUGAAGGUGGUUAUGUCAGAGAAGAAAAUCCUCUGUGACGUUAAAGGCUCGACUUGCAAAGAGCGUCUCACACUGAAGUACAUGCAUCAAAUUAUGCCCGUUUUUGUUCUGCUUUACAUUCCGUUUUUAAAUUUGAGGGGUUUUUUUUCUUUUGUGCUGUACAAGGGCCAAUGUACACUUUCUACGGCACGGUUGGCGUGUUUAUGAAGGCGACAGGAAGACUCUCCACAACCUGGGUUUAUUUAAACUAGUUUCUUACACUGAACUCCCAAUUGGUUGAUAGGAAAUACCUUUUGAUGUUCCUUGUUACGCUUAAAAGGGACAACUCUUGUUUUUUAAAAAAAACAAAAACAAAAAAAGCAACAAAAAAAAAAACAAAAUAAAACCAAAUGUGGUGUUAAGUGAAUUUUUAAUAAUGUACAGUUUUGGUGACUUUAAAUUUGUUCCUUUCUAUAUUUUUAGGACCAAUUUAUCAUUUUUAAGAGGAGGUAUUACAAGACUAUGUUGUAUCAAGGUGAUGUAACACGUGUGCAUCUGUAGAAUGUACUGUGAGUUGAAUAAAAACCACAUCUA